AACCAAGCACAAAUCACAAACCACCUUGUCUCCACUACCUUUGAGAAUUCCUACAAACAUGGCAGCAAGUUCUCAAGUAAGAAUCUGUUUGCUCAUAUGGCUGAUUGGGAUAGCCUCAUCCUUGGAUUUAGUUUCUUCAGCAAAUACUGCUGUGACGCCUGAUUCUAAUCAGUUAAGCCCUGGAUUUUAUAAUUUAAAGUGUCCCUUGGCACUUCCUACCAUUAAGGCAGCAGUAAUCGCGGCUGUGUUGAAAGAGCGUCGCAUGGGUGCAUCCUUGCUCCGUCUUCAUUUCCAUGAUUGCUUUGUCCAAGGGUGUGAUGCAUCAGUAUUGUUAAAGGACACAACAACUUUCAAGGGCGAACAAAGUGCAUUACCCAAUGUUAAUUCUCUAAGGGGGUACGAUGUCAUAGACAACAUAAAAGCACAACUAGAGAAAUGGUGCCCUGGUGUUGUCUCUUGCGCUGACAUUGUUGCCACUGCUGCAAGGGAUUCUGUUGUUGUGCUUGGUGGACCUGCUUGGGACGUUCGCUUGGGAAGAAGAGACUCUACAACUGCGAAUUUAUCUGCUGCAAACUCAGAUUUACCUUCUCCUUUUCUGGAUCUCAGUGGCCUUAUUGCAGCUUUCGAAAAGAAGAAUUUCUCUGUUGAUGAAAUGGUUGCUUUAUCAGGUGCUCACACAAUAGGCCAAUCAAGGUGUUCACUCUUCCGGUCAAGAAUCUACAGCGAGCAAAAUAUAGAUCCCGCCUAUGCAAGAUCAUUGCAAGGACAAUGCCCCAGGACAAGUGGUGUUGGUGAUAGUAACUUAUCUCCUAUUGACACCACUCCAAACUUUUUUGACAGCACUUAUUACAGAAACUUGAUGAACAAAAAGGGUCUUUUCCACUCUGAUCAACAACUUUUCAAUGGUGGUUCCACUGAUUCCAAAGUUUCUCAGUAUGCUAGUAACCCUCUACUAUUCAGGAUUGAUUUUGCUAACGCCAUGGUCAAGAUGGGUAACCUUGGCACACUAACCGGGACACAAGGUCAGAUCAGAAAAGUAUGCAGCAGUGUCAAUUAAGUUCAUUGCCAAACUGUGUGAUUCCAACUACUGAAGUAUCAUGCAUGAAUGAUAUCUAAGAAUAUCUAAGGCGCAUCUACUUGCUUGCUGGUUAAUUGGUGUAUUUUGGCUUUUGAGGUUUCAAUUACGUACGAGUCAUGUUUUUACCAUUCUUUUGUGUUGUAUCAAAACCAUGCAUUGUAUUGGCUAGAGUACACCUUGUGCUCGAUCGUGUUUUGUUUUUUGUUUUUUCUUUUUGAUAAUUUAAUUUGGAGGGAGUGAAUUUAUUUGGCUUAUAUAAACAAAAUGUACAUUUGUCAUUCUACCUUUACAUUUAUCACAGACACAAACAAGCAUCUAUUCCUUUCUCUUUC